GAGACCUUGUUCCCUUACAUCAAAGACAAUGUGAAGGAGUAUCUGCGUGCUCACUGGGAGGAGGAGGAGUGCCAGCGGGACGUCAGACUUCUGAGAAAACAGGCACAGGAGGAUUCCAGCUUGGACGGGGCUGUGCCGAUCCCUUUGGAGAGUGGAAGCGGAGAAGAGGAGCUGGAGCGGGUCAUCCAAGCGAUCGUUGACAACGUACAUUGGCAGAUGUCUCUGGACAGGAAAACCACGGCACUGAAGCAGCUGCAGGGUCAUAUGUGGAGGGCAGCCUAUGCAACCGGGCACGUCAAAGGAGAAAUCUUCGAGGACGUGGUUCCAGCCAUCCGGAAGUGGCGGGAAGCAGGGAUGAAGGUCUAUAUCUACUCUUCGGGCAGCAUUGAAGCCCAGAAGCUUCUGUUCGGAUACUCUACAGAAGGUGAUAUCCUAGAGCUCUUUGAUGGCCACUUUGAUACCAAAAUAGGCCCCAAGGUAGAAAGUGAGAGCUACAGAAGGAUUGCCGCCAGUAUUGGGUGUGCCACCAACAACAUCCUUUUCCUGACGGAUGUCCCUCGAGAAGCCAAUGCGGCCGAGGAAGCAGAUACUCACGUGGCUGUGGUGAUCAGACCAGGCAAUGCAGGACUGACGGAUGAUGAGAAAUCAUAUUACAGCCUCAUCUCCUCUUUCACUGAACUUUUCUUGCCUUCCUCCACUUAGGAAAAGCGGUGCACGCACAAAAUACUGUGCUUCACCUGAAUUGUCUUUGUGUAAUGUUAGGUAAUUUUGUCCAUAAUCAGAAUUUAAAACCAAACCCACAUCAUGUCUUGGACUCGCAACUAGUGCAGGCAGGUAUGGAUGGAGCGUACAGUGUGGGGGGGUCCCUUGUGCAGCACAGGUUUGGGCUGCCACAGAAAAAGCCAGCCCUUGUUGCAGGCA